AUGAGCAAUCAGAAAUUCUUUUCCACAUUUUAUUAAAAACAAGAGAAAUUAAAUAAUAAUAAUAAUAAUAAUAAGCAUGCUUAAAUUGAAUCAAGCAGCAUAGCAUUUAUUUCUCUUCUUGAAAAUUCUUUUGGAGUGAUUAAAAAAGCAAAUUAAACUUUUUUGAAUUCACUUGGUUUUACACCAUAAAUGAUUGGUCAAUCUAUUUUAUAGGUUCUUCCUUCAAACAUUUUAGAAAAAAAACUUUACAGCAAGGUUAUUUAACAAAUUGCUUAAGAUUUAAUAUCAAAUAAAAACAAUAUAAUUGAAAUACCUCUUUUUGUUAUCAGAAAUAAUCAAGGUUUUUCUCAACCUUUUUAAGUGAAGCUAUAAAGUCAAAGUGUAAACUCAGAGGAUUUCGGAUUAGCUAUUUAAGCAAAUUUUAUUCAUGAUGAUUAAAUUUAUAAUGUUUUAGAUUACUAAGACCCAUCCAUAAUAAAAAUUAUGAGUAAAUAAUUUAAAGAAGAAUUUAUCAUAGAAAAUUUUGGUGAAUAGAAUUUAAAUGUAAUUAGAAUGGACAGUUUUGUUCCAAUUAUAAAUGAUUUAGUUAAAUUAACUGAAUUGUAAUAAAUAAAAAAAAUUGAAACUAUCAUGAUUAAACCUUUAACAAAAACAGAAGCCUUGAUGAAGCCUAAUUUAAGAGACCAGAAUUUUUUAAAUAGCUUAAUUGACUCAUAAAUGUAUUUAAUAACUGUAUCUUUUUAAGUGAUCAAUACAAAGUUAGCUUAAUUUGUUAACAUGGUUAUCGAAAGCUAUAGCCAAGUGAACAGUAUGAAUAAUAAGAUUAAUUGUAUCAACUUAUAUCAAAAGUAAAUCAAAGAUAUAACUGGUAUAGAAUUAAAAUUUGAUUAGAAUUACAAAAAUAAUUUGAAAUAAGAAGUCUCAUAAAUUACUUUCGAUUAAUUAGAUUUACCUUAAGAUGAUAAUAAAAACUACAUCAAAUUUAAACUGUAAAAUGAAAGAAAUGAGUCAACAACAUACAUUUAGCAAUAUUAAAACAGUACUAUUAAUAACAUUUCAAGGCUAAUUGAAUAUAACGAUUUUAAUGAACUGUCUAAAUGUUAAACAAAGGUAUCUUUUAUUGAUGUACAACCUGAAUCAAUUGAUAAAGAUAAGCAAACAAAUUAAUAAAAUUUAUUAUUUUAGAAUUUCAAUUUGGAAUAAAGAUAAUAUUGCAAUUCAUAAGCUAAAACAGAAAAUUAGAUCAAUUUUUGUUAUAAUGAUAAAAAAGAAUUUUCAUAAUCAGAUUAAAGAGUAGAUUUUAUACAAAAAUUAAACUCUUUUAAUGAGUUCAACACGAAUGAAAUAAACUUAUUUAAUGAUAAAAAGGUAGAAAAUAGUAACAAUAAUUUGCUUAUUAAUUUUUUUAGUUCGGGUAAUACUUUAGACUAUGAUGGAAAUAUUAACAAAAUUUACUUUGAAAACUAAAAUAUAAUCAAAUAAGAUUUCAUUAAUUAAAAUUAAAAUGCUUGCUCAAAUAAAAUAAAUAAAUAAUCGGGCUAAAUAAAAAGCAAAUAAAGUGUAGACAAUUAAUAAUUGUAAUUAAAGAAUGAAACAAAAUUAGCAAAAAAACCAAAAAAAAUGUUUUUUAGUUUUAUAGAUAAUUAUAAAUAAAUUAAUUAAGAAAUUUAAUCUGUUACUUCAUCAACUAAAAGCGUUCAAAACAAGUACAUAAAUUGGAUUUAUAUGGUAAAUGUUCAAUUCAGCUAUGCUCUUUCUGAGAGGAACAUCAUUUUACUCAAUAGAUAUUAAAUGCUUUCAACUCCUACUUCUUAAAAUGAAGCUUUUAUUGAAAUACUCAGCGAAUAAAAUAACUCUAGAAUCAGUUUAAGCAAACAAUAUCUUCGUCUUUUAUAUAACAAUACAAAUCCUAAUAUUGAAAUUAUUUAAUUUUUCAAUGCUGUAUUCUAUGAUGAUGUAGACUUAUGGAAUAUAUUAUUUUGUCUCAGAAAAAGAUUCAACGGGAAUAAUUAAACAAUAAAAUGA